AUGGGUAUUUCGGAUAUGACUUUAAAACAGAAAUCUGGUGUCGCGAGAGACGUUGGAAAGUAUGCCUGGUUGAUAUUUACCUUGCUUAUGACUGUGACGUUAGUAGUCUUCAUUGUCGAUGCAUUCAUAAACUUCUUGAAGUACAACACUGUCACUCAAAUAUCCGCCGACAACAAAAAUCGUAUCGACUUUCCGGCAGUGACCAUCUGCAACAUGAACAUGGUCAAAAAGAGCAUCAUCCAUUGCAAUGACACGGUGUUCGCAGGAUUGGACACAAUUUUCCUGAACUUUGGAGAAACUCUCGUGAUAGAGGACAUACUUACCCCGGGAUUAGGGUUUGUAAAAGGAGAGAUUCCAAACGGGGAACAAAUGUUGCAGUGUCUUCUGCAAUACUCCAACACCGUACGGGAGAUGCUGCCGAUAUGCACUUGGAAAGGAAGACUGGAGCCGUGUCAGAAUCUAUUUAUAACUACACUGACUGAGAUGGGUGUGUGCUUCACAUUUAAUGGGGAAGGGAACCAGCGGUUACAGACAUCACACUCCGGAUCUGAUGGAGGACUCGGAGUGUUUAUUGAUAUUCAACAAGCAAAUUACUUUUACUCGUCUACCAUUCAAGCAGGGAUAAAGGUGGUCCUCCAUGAACCGGAAGAGGCCCCUCUUCCUUCCAUGCGUGGAUUUUUGGUGGCUCCUGGACUGUCAGCUGAGGCCGUCAUCAGCAGAACAGGGAAAAAUUUCCUAGAUGAACCAUAUGGUAGGUGCUUAAACAUUGAAGAAGUGGGGAACCCUCUACAUCGAUACAAAUCCUACAGCGAAAAGGCCUGCCGAAUGGAGUGCAUGAUAGAUUACCUGGUCAGUGCUGAUGAACACUGCAGAAACUGUCGUCACUUCCUCUACCCCGGACCAGAGCGUUUGUGCGAGUAUAAGGAACUGGAAGAUUGCUUCGUAUUUUAUCGAAAUGCAUCGACAAGUGGUUUUACAAAAGGCUGCAAGUGUAAAAGACCAUGUGUCAUGUACCAAUAUAAAACGUCCAUAUCGUAUGCUCGAUUCAUGUCGGAUUUUAUGAACACCUACUUUCUUACGAAGGGUUUUUUUCUUUCCAACGAGUACUCAAAAGACAAUUUCAUAGAGUUGAAGAUUUAUUACGAUUCUCUAAUUGAGACUGCUGUAACGGAAGUUCCAGAGUUCAAUAUUUUUGAGAUGCUCAGUGAUAUCGGAGGUCUCAUGGGAAUUUUCUUGGGCGCCAGUCUAUUGUCUCUGGUUGAGUUGCUGGAAUUCUUUAUACUCCUUCUGAGACCUCGCAACAAACUGAAGACCGCGGAGGCACCUGCCGUGGAGAAGGACACGACGUCACUUAAAGAAAGUGAGGGGGGAACUACGCACACCCCCGUCAAACAAAAAACUGGCAAAGGACACAGAAAAUUGGGGAACAAAAAAAUAUAUAUUGCCCAAAAGAAAAUUUAA